AUGGAGGCACGCUUGAACCAGCUCGAACUAGUGGUGGCCGAUCUAAGUAAUCAGAUGGAAGAACAGAAGCAGACCACUUCAGAGUUGCUGGAACGAUUAGUUGCUCAGAUGAGCGAUUGGAAGAACGAGAUAGCUGAAACAAUCAGGCUCAAUCGUCCUCAGCCUCCGAUCCUCAGCUCCGUUCCAGGUGGAUCAUCGGUGAAUGGAGCAAGACGUGAUCCACCAGCUUACUCCCAUCACAGGCCGGGAAAGGCUCCCGCCGCACAAACUAUAAGGCAGGACGAAGUACUGGAAGGAGCAGAAUCGGACAGUGAAAUCGAGCCGGCGGAGUUCGCUAUGGACUGGACAAGAAGGAAAUUCCAAAGGCCAGUUAGGGACUCUCCUCUAUUAAGGUACCGUUAUGAUUUCCCUGCCUUUGAUUAUGAGCAUCCGAGGCUAUGGAUUAGUAGGUGUGAGAGAUUCUUCUUGUUGGCUUAUAUUCCAAAAAUUGAGAUAAUGCAUGUAUUGUAUGUAAACCUAACCGGAAAGAUAGGGUUAUGGUUCGAAGGAUAUCUGACUGGAUUAGACGAACCUUUCCAGUGGACUCACUUUGCAGAGGCAGUGGUUAGGAGAUUUGGGGAAGAUAGUGGGGUAGUGAUGGAAGAGAUCGCCUAUUUUAGACAGAUUGGAGGGGUGAUGGAAUUCACAGACAAAUUCGAGGAGUUCAGAAGCCAAUUAAUACAAAAACACCCCACCCUCACUGACCUAUACUUCUUAGAAGCCUACUUAGCCCGACUUAAGCCCCAUCUAAGAUGUUUUGUUAAAACAUCCCAACCCAAAUGUCUAGCUGAUGCAAUGUGGACUGCUAGACAGCUGGAAAAGGGCUUGAAAUUCAAUGAGCAACCCACAAAAAACCCUGCCCAAUAUAUAGCCAAAAAUUCCCAACCCAUAACCAACCUUGCAAACCCCAAGCCCUAUAGCCAAAAUACCAAUUCUAAACCUUAUACUAGCCAGGGAGCCACCACCUCUAGUGGCAGUAACAGCUCUCCUGGGCAUAAAUGUAAGGGAUCCACUCUCCACAAUGUUGAAGAGAAUGAAUUCCAAGAUGCAAAUGAUGAAUUAGCCACUGAGGAACCAGGGGAGGAACCGGCUGAGGUUUCCUUGUAUGCUAUGAUGGGGGGUGAAGGACUGAAUACUAUUAAGCUAUUGGGAGCAAUCCAAAGGCAACCAAUAGUCAUUUUGGUAGAUAGUGGAAGCACACAUAGCUUCCUAGACCCAAAACUCCUCACACAAUUAAGAAUGGAGUCAGAGAAAGCUCAGGUUCUCAGUGUGACAGUGGCCAAUGGGGAACAGCUAUGGUGUGAUGCUAUCUGUAGAAGAUUGUCCUGGCAGAUGCAAGGGGAAAUGUUUAUGAAGGAUUUCAGAUUGCUGAAACUAGGAGGGUGUAAUAUGGUCCUUGGAAUGGACUGGAUAGACCAAUAUGCACCUAUACAACUCCAUACUAGACCCCUUGGGCUAUCAUUUUAUAAGGAUGGCAAGAAACUGUUGUUGAAGGGGUUGGGUAGAAAAUCUGAAAGGUUACAAGCAGCAUCCAGCAGUGAAAUUAAGAAGUGGGAGAAGAAUGGAGUGCAAGGCUUCUUAGUCCACUGUGAGGGCUUGAAUAAUGAGACCUUGAAGGUCAGAAGAAGUAUGUUGAAUCAGGUGACUGUGCAGACUGAAUACCAGGAAUUAUCUGAAUUGAUCCAAGAGUUCCAAGACUUGUUUAAGGAGGCUGAAACCCUUCCACCAAGGAGGUUGCAUGACCAUGCUAUUCCCUUAAUGCCUGGAGCACAAGCUGUGAAUAUAAAGCCAUAUAGAUACUCCUUUGACCAGAAGAAUGUUAUUGAGGAAAUGGUAGGAGAUAUGCUCAAAUCUGGGGUUAUAACUGAAAGUGUGUCUCCCUUUGCAUCCCCAGUCUUGCUAGUCCCUAAAAAGGAUAAUACUUGGAGGUUUUGUGUGGACUAUAGAGCCUUAAACAACAUUACCAUCAAAAACAAGUUUCCCAUCCCAGUGGUAGAGGAUUUGUUUUCUGAGCUAGUUGGGUCCAAGUAUUUCAGCAAAUUGGAUUUAAGGGCAGGAUAUCACCAGGUUAGGAUGAGGGAAGGAGAAGAAUAUAAAACUGCCUUUAAAACCCACCAAGGUCUCUAUGAAUUCAGGGUCAUGCCUUUUGGGUUGACAAAUGCACCAGCUACAUUUCAAGCAUUAAUGAAUGUUGUAUUCAAACCAUUACUGAGGAAAUUUGUAUUGGUUUUUUUUUAUGACAUAUUAGUCUACAGUGCUGAGUUGGAACUUCACUGGGAACAUCUCAGAAGGGUUCUAGAGCUUAUGAGGGAGCACAAGUUGUUGGCCAAGCUAAGUAAGUGCUCCUUUGUACAGAAAGAAGUUGAGUACCUAGGCCACAUCAUCUUUGAUCAAGGCCUGCACACUGAUCCUUCCAAACUCCAAGCUAUAGCUGAAUGGCCUAAGCCUGAAUCCAUCAAGGCCCUGAGGGGAUUCUUAGGCCUCACUGGUUAUUAUAGAAGAUUUAUCAGGGCAUAUGGAGUCAUUAGCAGACCUCUAACAAGCAUGCUUAAAAAGAACUCAUUUCAGUGGAACAAGGAAGCUGAGAAUGCCUUUGAUCAGUUGAAACAAGCAUUGUGUGUUGCACCUGUGUUAGCCCUUCCUGACUUCCAGAAAACAUUUAUAGUAGAAGCAGAUGCUUGCCACAAAGGUAUGAGGGCAGUACUAAUCCAAGAGGAGAAACCAAUUGCCUACUUCAGCAAGGCAUUUGGGGAAAAGCAUCUAGGCCUAUCAAUCUAUGAGAAAGAGUUUAUGGCUAUCAUCAAUGCAGUAGAAAAAUGGAGAUCAUACCUGCUAGGGAGGCACUUCAUUAUUAGGACUGAUCACCACAGUCUGAAAUUCCUGCUGGACCAGAAAAUAACAACUUCAGCCCAGCAAAAAGGGUUGUCUAAGCUCCUAGGAUUGCAUUAUACAAUCCAAUACAAGAAGGGCAGUGAAAAUUGUGUUGCUGAUGCCCUUUCCAGAAGAGAAGUGAACCAAGAAGCUGAGCUGAAAGCUGUUCUAAGUAUAAGGCCACAAUGGAUGGAAGAAGUGGCCAACAGUUAUGAGGAAGAUGAUUGGGCCCAGGAUAAGUUAACAGCAAGUCUGAUCAACCCUAGCAAUGAUCCUAACAUUGCCAUAGUGGAAGGACUCAUCAGAUGCAAGUCUGAAAGUGUUGCAUCACCUGGAUUCUUGCAGCCCCUUGCCAUCCCUGAUCAAGCUUGGAAGGGGAUAGCAAUGGACUUUAUUGAAGGGUUGCCUAGAUCUCAAGGAAAGGAUGUGAUUCUUGUGUACAUUGUGACUGACAGAGAUAGGGUAUUUCUCAGUAAGUUUUGGCAGGCCAUAUUCAAGCAACUCCAGGUCCAUCUGAGUAUGUCUACGGCCUACCAUCCCCAGUCAGAUGGCCAGACUGAAAGAAUCAAUAGAUGCUUGGAGACCUACCUAAGAUGCAUGGUGUUUAGCAGACCCAAGGCCUGGGCCAAGUGGUUGCACUUAGCUGAAUAUUGGUACAACACCAACUUCCAUUCAUCCUUGCAGUGCACCCCAUUUCAAGCUCUCUAUGGGUACAAACCCCCUAUGUUGGCCUUAAGCACUGAAGGUGAAGUGGGAGUGGAGGGAUGGAUGGCUGAAAGAGCAGCUAUGUUGGCAGUUCUCAAAGACAAUUUGAAGACAGCCCAGGAAAGAAUGAAGCAACAAGCUGAUAGGAAGAGGAGUGAAAGGAUCUUGCAAGUAGGGGACUGGGUCUAUCUGAAAAUUCAGCCCUAUAGGCAACUCUCUGUGGCUAUAAGAUCUAACAUUAAGCUCACAUCCAAGUACUAUGGGCCUUACCAAGUUAUUGAGAAGGUUGGUCCUGUAGCAUAUAGGUUGGACCUGCCAACCAGUGCACAAAUCCACCCCGUAUUCCAUGUAUCUCAGCUGAAGAAGAAGGUGGGAAACUCAGCAGCCCUGUAA